UAUCCAUUUUUGCUAUUCAUUCCGUUGCGACAAGGACGCCAGAUUUCACCACAGAUUGAUCAUUCAUUAAUCAUAAGUCGAUGUAUUGUUUAUUUAAUUUAUUGAUCAGCAGUGUGAUCGGUCGAUCAAUCGACUUGUGACUUGGUGGAUUGAAAAGUGAAACUGAGAGGAAUGCAGCAGAGCAGGAGGGCAGUAGAGUCGUACUGGAGGUCGCGAUUAAUCGACGGUGCGACGGACGAGGAGGAUAAGGUUACUCCGGUGUACAAGUUGGAGGAAAUUUGCAGUCUGCUGAGGUCUUCGAAUGAAUCCGUCGUCAAAGAAGUCUCCGGAUUCAUCCUCAAGCGCCUCGAACAUAAAUCACCUGUAGUAAAGCACAAGGCAUUGAGGAUCAUCAAAUAUGCUGUGGGAAAGUCAGGUGCAGAGUUCAGAAGGGAGAUGCAGAGGCAUUCUGUUGCUGUACGUCAGUUAAUCCACUACAAGGGCCAGCCAGAUCCUCUGAAAGGUGAUGCACUGAACAAAGCUGUACGUGAAACAGCACAGGAGGCACUAUCGCUCUUAUUUUCAUCAGAUGAUAGUGCAGCUUCAACAACAGAAAGUAGCCUUGGCAGUAGGAUUCAAGGAUUUGGAAAUACCAACUAUGAAAUGCCAUCAGAAGAUAAAAAGUCCUUUAUCAGUGAGGUUGUUGACAUUGGCAGUGCAACAAUUAGACAGGGACUGAGUAGUUUGAGACAAUCCCCGUCCCUGAGGAAAACUACUGAUGGUGGGUGUUACAAAGGUCCUAAUCUUCGGCGAUCUCUGACUCAGAAGACUAAUUAUUCUGAUCAAUAUGAAGGAAUUGACCCACCUACGGAAACUUAUGACUCUUCUCGCUUCUCCAAUAAUGCUGGGUCUGGAACUUGGGGUCAACAUGUAAAUGCAUCUGAGGCAGAAACAAGUGGUGCAGACUCUGGCUCAACUUAUGGUCAUAAGACUCGUGAGGAGAAAUUGUUGGAGACUAUCGUGACAGCUGGUGGCGUUAGGCUACAGCCUACUCGGGAUGCACUUCAUAUUUUCCUGGUGGAGGCCUCAAAAUUAAAUGCUUUGUCAUUAGGACAUGCUAUUGAAACAAAGCUGAGAUCUCCUCCGUGGCAGGUUCGCAUGAAAGCCAUCUGUGUCCUUGAGGCAGUAUUGAGGAAUAAACAGGAUGCAAAUUUUUCAGUUAUUGCAUCGUAUUUUGGUGGAAACAAAGAUGCAGUGGUGCAAUGUUCCAAAUCACCCCAAGCAUCUUUGCGGGAGAAAGCAACUAAGGUGUUGAGUCUUCUAGGUUGUGAACAAAGUGGUGAAGUUAAUCAUGUAAGAGAAUCAACAGAGAUGUCUCAGCCUGCAGUGAUGCCAGAUUUGAUAGAUGCUAGUGGCGCAAAUGAUCUUGCCGGCAUUGAAGACUCCAAUAAAACACUGAAUGAGCCAAAAAUUUCAAAUGCAGCAGCUUCUACCGCUCCACUGAUUGAUGACUUACUUGAUGGAAAUUUUAGUGGUAAUGUGAGCACCCCGCUGAAAAGUGAUGAUGACCCAUUUGCAGAUGUCUCCUUUCACAUGAGACAGGAUAAAGACCAUGCUGCUGAUGUAUUUUCUCGAAUGGCUGUUGAUAAGUCAGGAGCCAUGAAAUCCCAUAUGGGCGCUCAUAGAACUGAAUCUGAACCUUUCUACCUUUUCAGUUCAAGUUCUGAAGUCUUCCAAGAACAUGGGAGUCCUAGAAAAGAUAUUUCCAACUUGAUGGAUGGUUUGUCUAUAAAUGGAAAUGGUCCAAUUAUAAAGAAAAACGAAAGCAAUGCUGAGCAGGGGAGCGAUGUCCUAAACAGCGAAGUUGCUUCUCAAGCUGCUGCAGUUGACGCCAAUCCCAUGUUUCCUUUGGGUGCCAUGGCUCAUAAUUUUCCAUCUGGAUUCAUGUACAAUCCAGGAUUUGCUUCGCAGCCAAUGAAUUAUAGUGCCAUGGGGAGUCUCUUUGCUCAACAGCAGCUCCUAGCUACAAUGACAACCUUCCAGCAACUAGGGAAUCUACAAUCAAGUACUAUUAAUACCACUGCCAAUUCUAAGGGAGGAAAAUUUUCACCCCUUCCAAAUGUUUUUAAUCCUGUCAUAGUUACUCAGCCUCCUACUUCAAUGAUGAACGGCUCCAAAAGAGAGGAGACUAAAGCAUUUGAUUUUAUCUCGGAACAUCUUGCUUCACUUCAUGACUCGAAGCGUGUGUGAUCUGAGUUCUUUGACCGCUGUCGUUCAUAUCAUUAAAUGAAGCAGCUGCUCAUCAGGGCUUGCAUCUUCGACUAAAGAAAAUAUAUUUUCUUUCGGAGUACUUUCCUAAGGUAAAGGGCAAGACUUAGAAACCGGUAGUUUGAUGGUAAAAUAGCUGAUGAAAUAAGAGAUCAAAAUGGAGCAGCUGAAAGGGCAUCGCAAAUGAGAAAGUCCUUUCAGCAUUUGUUUUGUUUGAGCCUGAGAUAGUUAUCAAUUGCGCAGUCGUCAUCAUCAUAUUUCAUA